AUGAUGAGAGGCACGUUCAUAAUAAUCCUUAUGUUUGCUGUGGGAACUUGGAUCAGUUCUGCUCAUGCAAGGGCUUUGAUAGACCAAAGUUCUUCCAAGCAUCCCAUGUCUUCUUUCCUUGGUACAGAAAAUAUUGGAAGUAAGUUUUUCGUGACCAAGACAGGUUUGAACGGAAAUUAUACCCGAAGGUCCAAAUCCCCGCCCCCUCCGCCCAAACCAGCACCAACCCCAAAGCAAACACCAACGAUCACCAAUAUACUCGAGAAAUCUCCUCCGAGAAGUCGAUACAUAUCUUCAGCCUGA